AUGCCUUCCGCCGACUACCAGACCCCGGUCUUCAAAACCCCAUGGAUCGAAACUCCGCUUGUUGAAUCAGCCGCCCUAUCUCGGGCUGCAGGAUGUAGAAUCUUCCUCAAGCUUGAGAAUGUUCAACCCAGUGGCUCCUUCAAGUCCCGUGCUAUGGGCAACCAGAUUCUGUCCCAUCUUCGCAAACCCGAAUAUGCCAACCGCCGAAUUCACUUCUACGCCUCGUCCGGUGGCAAUGCUGGAUUAGCAGCUGUUUGUGCUGCCCGUACUCUUGGAUACCCUUGCACUGUCGUGGUCCCACUUUCCACCAAGCCUUUGAUGUUGGAGAAACUACGAGCUGCCGGGGCUGCGGACGUCAUCCGCCACGGCGAGACCUUCUUCGAGGCAGGCUCUUACAUGAAAGAUGUUAUCAUGAAGACUAGCUCUGGUGAUGAUGAGGAUGUGGCCAAGAUUGCCUUGCAUCCCUUUGACAACGCCCCCAUUUGGGAGGGAAACAGUACUAUCGUGGACGAGUUAGAGACACAGCUUCCCCAUGCCGCUAACGCGGAGGAAGAGCAACUUUACGGCGGACGGGCGCUUCCUCUGGAUGCAAUCCUCUGCAGUGUUGGUGGUGGAGGUCUUCUUAACGGCCUUGUAAUGGGUCUUGAGAAGCGUCGCUCCAAGAAGCAGAUUGAUAAUGGCCCCUCUAGCACCGGCCACGCUUACCUGGAUACUUCUCUGGAUACUACUACAACAACCACUACCUCCUCCGCCCCAGUGUCCAAGGAACCCAGCCCUAUCAACCUCCUAGCCAUCGAGACGGACGGUACCGACUCUCUGGCCGCUGCCAUCGCCAAGAAAUCCCUCGUCUCCCUCCCAAAGAUCACAUCACAAGCCACCUCUCUCGGCGCCAUCCGUGUUUCGGAAACAACCUUCCAAUAUGCGGUGGCCCCUCCACCCGGUAUCAAAGUUCACAGUGCCGUGCUCACAGAUGCUGAAGCCGCACGGGGCGUUCUCCGUCUUGCGGAUGACGAGCGUCUCCUCGUGGAACUUGCCUGCGGUGUCUGUGUCGAGGCGGCCAUUGGCGAUGCCGCCACCGCUUCUUCUGCUACUACAUCGGCACCCGCCGUUGCUGGGGGCCAAAGCUCCAAGAAGCGGAAGAUGACUAUUGAGGACACUGGUUCCCGGGAUGAGGGUUACGGCGAUGACCGAUCCACCUCAACAGAUGUUGAGACGGAUGUUGAGCCAGAGACGGAGAACGGCGCUGUUGCCUCGAAGUCUCCUGAACUUAGCUCUAAGUUGAAGCAACUCAUUCCUGAUCUCAACUCUCAAAGUAGAGUGGUCAUUAUUGUUUGUGGUGGAAGUAAUGUUACUAUUGAUAUGGCUCAGGAAUAUCGAAAGCUCUUGGCUGAGGGAUGGGUUUAA